GGCCACUGCACCUGCGCGCCGAGCGGUGCAUUUUGGGACCUGUAGUUUUCCGAGACCGGGUCGUGAGCUUUGUGGUUUAUGCGCCGACCCCGUGCCAGGGGCUCUGCUGCCGGGAGCGAUGGGACCAAGGCCCUGAGCAAGUGUGAAGUUCUACAACCCGAGCUCGUGUCUACCACCUCUGGGCUCUCUGCACCUGACCUCCCAGCUCCUUCUCUUUAUGCGCUGUUCUGGGAGGGCCCUUCCUUGAUCAGGAGUCAAUUCACAGGUGGCCCACCAUGAACUGGAAGGCCAUCGAACAUGUGCCCGUGCUGCUGUAUAUCUUGGCAGCAAAAACGUUAAUUCUCUGCCUGGCAUUUGCUGCUGUGAAAAUCUACCAGAGGAAGAGACUGGAAGCAAAACAGCAAAAGCUGGAGGCUGAGAAAAAGAAGGAAUCUGAGAAGAAGGAAAACUAAAGGGAGGUGCCAGCUUCCUGCUGAUGCAUAACCUGGGAGGCGACAAGACAUGGCCCUGGGACUUAUGAUCCAGGUCAGCCUGCCCCAGGGUCCAC